AUGGACUCGGCCGCUCGCUUUCCGGCUCCGGAAGGAACGGCACUGGUCACCGCGGACGAGAUGUUCGCCAAGCGCGGCUGUUGCUGCUUCCGGAUGCCCUGGCCUGGCACGCGGGCGCGCAAGGCGGCGGAGCGGCGCGAGUACGGGGGAGGGCCUGUGACGGGGCGGUGGUGGUGGAGGCGAGGAAUGAAGGUGGUCAUGAAAGUGAGGGAGUGGACGGAGAUCGUGGCCGGCCCCAGAUGGAAGACCUUCGUCCGGCGGUUCCGCCGCCGGCCCCGUCACGGCGGGUUCGGAUACGACCCCCUCAGUUACGCCCUCAACUUCGACGAAGGGCUGGGCAGCGACUCCGACGGCCACAGCGUUAGACGGGGAUUCUCCGCCAGGUACGCCACUCCGCCGGCAUCGGCCACGUCGUCGAUGGAUCUUGGGGGGCCCAACGACGCGCCGCCGUUCGUGGGCGACGCCCACCGAUGA